AUGGCUAAACUGAGAGAAGCUCUGGAGCAGAAAGACGCUGAUCUCGUACGUGUCAACAAGGAACGAAAUGAUGCUGAAUGGUUUCUCGGUGAAGAGCGGCAACACUUGAAGGAUGCUAAUCAACGGAUCGCUCUACUCGAAGAGGAACUGAUUUGUGUGAAAGCGAAACAUGCAGAUAUAAUUCACAAUUUGAGGAAUGAAGCAUUCGAGUUGAGUGAAAAGUUGGUUUUUCUUCCUUCUUUUCAUUUACGCAGGAUAAAUAUGUUAUGUAAAAAAUAUGCGCAAUUAAGUGCUCUCCUUGCAACCACUCAAGAAUAUCUGGAAAAACUACAAGUAGAGGCUUCAGAAUUUACAAAUUCCAAAGAGUUGAGGAAAGUAAUCGAAAAUUUGAAUAACGAAUUACAUCAAUGCAAGGCGGAAAAUGCAAAUUUGCUGAAGCAGAAAAACGAUGCAGAAUGGCAACUUGGUGAGCACCGUGAGUGGCUCCGUAUUGCCAAUAAUCGAAUAACUGGCUUGGAGGAUGAAUUAACAUAUAUCAAAGAAGCUGAUAAAAAAACGCUUGAAAUUUUACGUAUGGAAAAUGAAGAGCUAAACCAAAAGAAUGCACAAUUGAAAGCGGAUGUGGAGCAUUUCCAAGACGAAAUCCAAGGUGCGCUGAUGAAGGCAACGAAAGAACAUGAAGGUGAAGAGCAAAACUAUUCCGAAUGCAAAGAAGUUCCAGCACUGAACCGUGGCGAAAAUAUUGAUGAAAAUCUCAGCUCGAUAAGCUGUUUGUUGGAAAAUCUAUGCAAGGAAUUGAAUUAUCAGAAAAUUAUUGAUACCCUUAUGGAGCAACGUAGCAAAGCUGAACAAUUGUUGGAAGAAAGAAAGGAAUCGAUCACUGAUGCUUACAAUAAAAUCGUUGAAUUAGAGAAGGAAAUUUUGGGAAGUACACUGAAAGAAGAAAUGGAAGUUACUGAAAUAAAAACAGCCUACACGAAAAUUGCAGAAGAGACCGAGAAUCGUUCGAAAUAUACUCGGUCAGAAGAAUUUAUAAAAACAGCCUACACGAAAAUUGCAGAAGAGACCGAGAAUCGUUCGAAAUAUACUCGGUCAGAAGAAUUUAUGUACGUUUGA